AUGGGGCUGGUUGAGCCUUUUCAUUCAUCUUAUAUCUCAGAGGACUUUAAGAAGUUCCACCGACAGCUGUCCACGUGUGACGACGUAACACUGAGGAUGACCUACGACUACUUCAAAGACAGCCUGGCCUAUUUUUUGGAGACGGUGGACACUCUGGACCUCCUCAGUGAGCUGGAAUCUCAGGGGGUCCUAAAUACAGAGAUCCACCUGUCAGUAAGAAGAGAAUGUGGAGCCGCUUCCUUCUCCAGCCGUCUGUUACAGGAUAUUUCUGACUUGGGAAGGAAUGCCGUGGUUGGGUUUUGGGAAUGUCUCUAUGUGCUAAAGAACGAUUAUCCCCAUCCGAAUUUAUUGUCCAUUUUGAGUGAAAUAAGCCAGAGAGGUGAGCGAUUGGUGGAGCAGAUCCUAUUGGAUGAACAUGGACACUCACUGAACCCCGAGCUGAAAGAUAUGCAGAUGAAGCACAAGCAACAUCUACUGGAGAAAACUCAGACUCUCGUGGAGCUCAAACCCCCAGGAUCCACCCUGGAAUCAGAGAGCUUCUAUCUCAGCGAGCGUUACGUGAACCUGAUUGUUGUCUCCACUGAUCACUUCAGACCGCGUUCCCAGAAUGAGCUAAUCCAGACUGGGAUAAAACACGAGGAAUGCUUCAAGGAAACCCAAAACGGCCUGGAACACAUUUCUCCCAACUGGCUGUUCCGCUGGACCCACCAGUCCCAAUGUGUGCCACAUGCAGUAAUGGUGAGCGGAGUGCCAGGAAUAGGGAAGACAACACUGAUGCAGAAGUUUGUCUAUGAUUGGGUGAAGGGAGAACACUACCAGAGGUUCACUUUUGUCUUCUUCUUUAAAUUCCGAGAGCUUAAUAAACUGGGUGAGGUCAGCUUGGAGGAGAUGAUUCUUCAACAAUAUCCACAUCUGGAGGGUCAGAUUGGAAAUAUAUUACAGCAUCCAGAGAGACUUCUGUUUAUAUUUGAUGGCUUGGAUGAAAGUGUUCACCAAAUGAACUUCAAAACAAGCAAAGUGUGCAAUGAUCCGAAGCACAUGGACACUUUUGGUGUCAUUGUGGAAAGCUUGGUGAGGCAGAGACUUCUUAAGGGUUGCUCUGUGCUGAUGACCAGCCGUCCAACCAGAAUGGCAUCAAUUAACAUUCGUGUUUUCCAGAGGAUGACUGAGAUCAUGGGAUUUCUCCACAGAGACCGACUGAUCUACUUCGAACAUUUCUUUGGGAACAAGGAACUGUCAGAAAAAGCUUUUCAUUAUGUUCAGGAGAAUGACACGCUGUACACUUUCUGUUACAUCCCAUCGUACUGCUGGAUCAUAUGUACAGUCCUAUCAAUGUGCUUCAGAGCCCAUCCAACAAUCACUGACCAGCUGAUGACAUCAUUGCCCAAAACAAUGACACAACUCUUUGUCAUCUUUGUCUCCAACAUUCUGGUCAAUCACAACCACAAGAAAGAUGAUUGUUACACUGCCCAUGAUCUACUGUCCUCUAUCGGGUGGAUGGCAGAACAUGGAGUCAUGAAUCACAUUGUUGUGUUUGAUGAGCGUCAUCUGGACUCAUUCGGGGUGAGAAAUGACAAAUACAUCUUUUCAUGUUUCAUGAUGGAAUCUGGUCGGCCUCCUAAUGUGGAUUACACCUUCUUACACCUCACUCUUCAGGAGUUCUUUGCUGCUUCAAUCCAUUUUAUAGACUAUGAUCCUGACAAAUUACAGGGAACGCUUGAUAAGACUAAAGGUUACAAAGAUGGCCGUGCUGAAAUAUUCCUUCGCUUCCUCUGCGGUCUCUCAGAUUCUACAACUAGGUCCAUGUUAAAGUCUCACGUGGAAGAAUUGUCUACAGAGGCUUCCAGGCAUGUCAUCUCCUGGCUUCAGGAGAAAAUUGCAAAGGAGCAAAAACCAGAGAGAUCCAUAAGAGACAAGAAAGAGCUUCUCAAUGUGUUCUACUAUCUCCACGAGAGCCGGAAUAAGGAGCUAGUGUUACAAAGUACUGGAUCUAACAAAGUUAUUGACUUUUCCGGUGUUCAUCUAACUCCCCUUGACUGCUCUGUCUUAUCAUUUAUCCUCGACUCCUGCAGAGAGGCAGAAGAACUACAUCUAAACUCAUGCAAUAUGCACAGUGAGGGGUUGCGGAAACUUGUGCCAGCUCUUCGGACCAUCAAGUGUUUAAGUUUGAGUAAAAAUGAUCUGAGAGACACUUCCUGUCCCCAGCUGGGGUCUCUAAUCAGCAAUAGCCAAAGCUUGGGAAAGCUGGACCUGUCAUACAACAAUCUGGAGGACAGUUCCUGUGUCCACCUCGCGGCCGGAGUAAGAAAUAACCAGAAACUGAAGAGGCUUGACCUGUCCCACAACAAACUGGAAGGUCCACAUUUCUGUGAGCUGAUGGAGGCUAUCUCCAGGCCAACGUGUGGGAUAGAGGAAUUAUUUUUAACAUAUGCCAAACUGACAGACAUGUCAUCUACCCACCUGGCAUUGGCAAUAAGGAAUAGCCAGACCCUGAGGAAACUUCAUCUGUCCAAUAACAAUCUGGAGGGUCCUCAUUUCAGUGAUCUGAUGACCGCUUUGUCCAGCCCAACAUGCCAGAUAGAGGAAUUAGUGCUGCAGGAAGGAGGACUGACAGAUCAAUACGCACCGUCCCUGGUAUCGCUGAGCACCAACCGCAACCUCAAAGUCCUGGAUCUGCGCAGUAACAGAAUAUCAGAUGCUGCUUUUUGCCACAUCCGGGAUCUUAUAGCGAGAUCGCCCAGCCUGAAGGAGAUAUGUAUCGCUUACAGAUUCAUGUCUGAGGAAGUAAGAAGAGAACUGAAGAUGCUGGAGGACCUACGGCCAGGACUGAAGGUCCAUAUAUACUGA